AUGGUGUGGCCUGUGAAGAGUCGAGCGGAUUCCAGAUUGGGGGUCCAGCUCUUCUCUUGCUACAGAGUGGGGAUUCCAAUCGCCACUGAAGUUACACAGAAUCCAGAUGUGGUGGUCAGUGUGGCGUUAACGUGGAUUACGGAGCUGUGCGGUGCCACAAGACUUGGCUAUUUUGGAAGAAGUCAGUUCUACAUUGCUUUGAAACUUGUAGCUGUUGCUCAGUCUGGUUUCCCAUUAAGAGUAGAAAGUAUAAAUACAGUGAAGGACCUCCCUCUGCCAAGAUUUGUAGCGUCAAAGAAUGAGCAAGAAUCUCGCCAUGCAGCCUCCUACUCUUCAGAUUCCGAAAACCCAGGGUCUUAUUCUGGUGUGAUUCCCCCCCCUCCUGGCAGGGGGCAAGUGAAAAAGGGAUCCGUCAGCCAUGACGCUGUCCAGCCCCGCACAUCUUCAGAGCAGCAGGAACCUGCCUCCCCUGUUGUCUCGCCGCAGCAGUCCCCGCCAUCCUCUCCACACACCUGGAGGAAGCACAGCCGGCAUCCCAGUGGGGGGAACAGUGAGAGGCCUCUUGCGGGACCCGGGCCCUUCUGGUCACCGUUUGGUGAAGCACAAUCAGGUCCUUCUGCUGGUGACGCAGUGUGGUCAGGCCACUCUCCACCGCCACCGCAAGAAAACUGGGACCAGACAACAGUCCGAACUGUAGCCUCAGCUACAACUGCCAAUGAAAUUCGUAGGCAAUCCAGUAGUUACGAUGAUCCUUGGAAAAUAACAGAUGAACAAAGACAGUAUUAUGUAAAUCAGUUUAAAACCAUUCAGCCUGAUCUAAACGGAUUUAUUCCAGGAUCUGCAGCUAAAGAGUUUUUUACAAAGUCAAAACUCCCUAUUCUUGAACUUUCUCAUAUUUGGGAGCUCUCUGACUUUGAUAAGGAUGGGGCCCUGACACUGGAUGAGUUCUGUGCUGCUUUUCAUCUGGUCGUUGCUAGGAAGAAUGGCUAUGACCUACCUGAAAAACUACCUGAAAGCUUAAUGCCCAAACUGAUUGAUUUGGAAGAUUCCACAGAUGCUGGAGAUCAGCCAGGUGAGGUAGGUUAUUCAGGCUCUCCGGCAGAAGCGCCGCCAAGCAAGUCUCCAUCAAUGCCAUCGCUGAACCAGACCUGGCCAGAGCUGAAUCAGAGCAGUGAGCAGUGGGAGACAUUUAGCGAACGCUCUUCAAGCUCACAAACUCUGACCCAAUUUGAUUCUAACAUUGCACCAGCUGAUCCUGACACGGCAAUUGUUCACCCGGUCCCCAUCCGAAUGACUCCAAGCCGAAUCCACAUGCAGGAAAUGGAACUGAAAAGAGCAGUCAGCGAUCAUAAUAACCCCACCAGUCCAUUGCUUGUGAAACCACCUGACCUUUCAGAAGAAAAUAAGAUGAAUUCAUCAGUGAAAUUUGCUUCUGGAAAUACUGUAGCAGAUGGUUACAGUAGUUCAGACUCUUUUACGUCUGACCCAGAGCAGAUUGGAAACAAUGUAACUCGUCAAAGGUCUCAUUCUGGACCGUCGCCUGAUAACACUGCACCGCCACCUCCCCCGCCACGGCCACAGCCCUCGCAUUCUAGAUCCUCAUCGUUAGAUAUGAACCGGACCUUUGCCGUCACCACAGGACAACAGCAGGCUGCAGUUGUCGCCCACCCACCUGCAGUGCCUCCCAGACCGCAGCCCUCCCAGGCGCCGGGGCCCGUCGUGCAUCGCCCAGUGGAUACUGAGGGGCUCACAGCUCACACUAGCACUUCACCUCAGCAGAUACCUGAGCAACCAAAUUUUGCAGAUUUCAGCCAGUUUGAAGUAUUUGCUGCGUCAAGUGUAAAUGAAGAACAAGACGAUGAAGCUGAGAAGCAUCCAGAGGCCUUGCCGGUCAGUCCUGUUGAAAAGUCUACUGAUCCUGCAGGUGCUCUUCGAGGUGCCAAAACAGAGAGUAAGACUGAAGAAAAGACGGCUGCUAGUGCCCCCGCCAGUGCGAGCAAAGGCACAACACCUCUUGCUCCACCACCUAAACCUGUCCGAAGAAGAUUAAAAUCCGAAGAUGAGUUAAGGCCAGACGUCGAUGAACAUACUCCGAAGACAGGUGUCCUAGCUGCUGCUCUUGCCUCCCAGCCUGCUAUCCCGAGAUCUGUGGGAAAAGAUAAAAAGGCCAUUCAGGCCUCAAUCAGGCGAAAUAAGGAAACCAACACAGUUUUGGCCAGAUUGAAUAGUGAAUUGCAGCAGCAAUUAAAGGAUGUUCUUGAGGAGAGAAUUUCCCUGGAAGUUCAACUGGAACAGCUCCGACCAUUCUCUCACCUAUAAGCCAAUCGCCAUGAACUGUGAACAUCCCCAUUUUUAAGCGGUUUUGAGUUCAAAGCCAAUUUGGAGACCCAGACGUUCAGCUCACUGCUUAACUCAAACUUAAAUUUGUGAUGCUGUUUUGCCCUUCUAUGUUCACCAUUGUAUUUAAGUAUCUUUUAUUUUUUAAUUUCAACAAUAAAAAGGUCAGGAUGACUUUUU